GCAUUCUAUAUCCUCACCUUUCUAUUAUAAAGUCACCUAAUCCGUUGUUCAUCCUAAUCAUUUGUUCUCCACUGAGCUUGAAUAUGAGCCAACAACAAUUUUCCCAUUUCAAGAAUGAAGCAAGUGAAGGAAAUGGAAGAUUUCAAAUGCUGGAAUGAUGGUUUGUACAUAUUUGGAGACUUCGUAGUAGAGCCAACGAGCUUCUCUAUCGAAGAGAGCAUCGCUCAAGUUCAAUCGGGAAACAACUGUACGGGUGUCAGGUGCGGAUAUAAGUAUUGGAGUCAUCUAAUCUACAUCUCAAGGACACGGGGAUACGCUGAAAUGUUCAAAAUUGUGGGAAAUUCAAAUUGAAAACAAUGGCUAUUCGUAUGCCUCGGAUUACCCAUGCCAAACAAGUCCUUCGCCGGUCUUCAGCAGCAACAACAGAUGUUCCAAAAGGCCAUUUUGCAGUUUAUGUUGGAGAGAGCGAAAAGAAGCGAUUCGUGAUCCCGAUAUCGUACUUGAACAAUCCUUCGUUUCAAGACUUGUUAAGUCAAGCUGAGGAAGAAUUUGGGUUUGAUCAUCCAAUGGGUGGUCUUACUAUUCCAUGCAGAGAAGACACCUUCAUUGAUCUCGCUUCUCGAUUGGGUAGAUCAUGAUUCUUUGAUAGAGAGGACACUUGUUAGCAUAUUUUGACAAACACAAAUUUGUAAAGCAGCAAUUACCGUUUCUGUGUACAACAUUGUCUCCCUUUCUUAGCACAAAAAGAUUCAGUCUUGAGAGGGGAGAGGGAAAAAAGUCUGCUGGAAUAUCAUAAGUAGGGACUAAUGACAUUUUCUCACAUUUAAAGGCAAAA